CGGUGACAUAUUUCCUGCGAACGUUAUCCUCCUUUAUAUCAAAGUUUCUCUACAAGCUCCUUCCAGUAUAGUUUUUCAGCUCCAACGGGUUUGUCGAGGUAGAGGAAAGUUAGAUAGUGUCAAGUAGUCUUCACGCGUUUUGCUUGCAGAUCAUUAAGCCACGCGUAUCUGCUGAUCUGAGUCAAGCGCACCGAGCCAUAUCUCACUCCAACUUGUAAACCACAAAAGGCUUCCCUCGCCCAGCUUUAAAUCAAUAUACAAGUGCAAUCAUGCGCUCAGUUUCGGGUCCGCAGUCACCGAAGACACCACAAACAAAAAGGAACGUUCUGCUUGGCGGUGCAGGCCCACCGCCAGCCCAGAGAGCUAGCCCCAGUAUAAGGCCCAAAACCAGCCCUACUGUGAAAGGGGCACUACGAAGAAAUCUGGAUGCUUCUUUCAGCAACAGCUCCAAUAUUCUGGUUUUUUGCCGCCUCCGGCCUUUUUCCUCAGCAGAAGAGGUGGGACAGGCCUCGGUAUCGGUGCACAAUAUCGACGAUAAGACGGUUACUGUGGACGAAAAAGAGUCUUCUACAACAUUCAAAUACGAUCACGUCUUUCUGUCAGAUGCUAACCAGGAAACUGUGUAUAACGUGGUGGGAAAAAAAACCCUCGAGGAUCUUUUCCAGGGCUUCAAUGGUACAAUCCUUGCAUAUGGCCAGACAGGUGCUGGUAAAUCACAUACGAUGUUUGGCGAGAUGAAAGGGGCCCGAACAGGCCUUGGACUUAUUCCGCGGAUUGCAGAAAACAUCUUCAAACACAUUGCUGCAGGCUCGUCAGACGUGCAAUAUACUGUAGGCGUUUCACUCAUGGAGAUUUACAAGGAGCAUAUCGUGGAUCUCCUCCAUCCACAAUCAAAAGCACGUGAAUACCUAAUUCAGCAGGAUCCUGCCAAUGGUGUUCAUGUUAAGGGCCUAUCACAUGCUUUUGUGGCAACGCCCGAGGAAAUGGACUUGAUUUUCUGGCAGGGAUACCAGCUGCGGAAAAAGGGCGCCACGGCCCUCAACGCAGAAUCAUCCCGAUCACACGCAAUAUUUCAGGUGACACUCACCCAAAACAACACUGUCGAUGGAGAGUUGAAGAAAAGCAAUUUGUUCUUGGUAGAUUUGGCCGGCUCCGAGAAGUUUGACCGCUCAGGCUCGCAGGGCAACACGCUAGAAGAAGCUAAAAAAAUCAAUCAAUCCCUUUCCACGUUAGGCCUCGUCAUUAAUUCUCUUACUGACCCGAAAUGUGCAUACGUGCCAUACCGAGACUCCAAACUCACCAGAAUUCUUCAGGAAUCUUUGGGAGGCAACUCUCGGACGACGUUGAUUGUCAACGUGUCCCCUGCCUCUACCAGCACAUCUGAGAGCAUGUCCACCCUUAGGUUUGGCACGCGAGCCAAAAAUAUUCGCAACUCGGUCCAUGUGAAUUCGGAACUAAGUAUGGAGCAGCUUAAGAUCCGUGUCAGCCUUUUGGAAAGAUUAAACCAAGAGCUAGAGCUGGAACUAAAGGAAGUAAAGAAACAGCCUAACCCUUCUCAUGAUUUGACCUCAAUUGACAAUACUCCUGGAGCUUUUAAUGCAAAAGAAAUUACACACACUGUCUCAGGACUUGUCCCAUCUUCUGAAGAAUUAAAGCGCAAAGAUGCUAAGAUCAUGCAAUUGGAGCAGGAACUUUUGGAAUUGAAGAUGAACAAUCUCAAAAUAGAGCAUAGCGAGGAUCUGAAGCUUUUUAAGCUUGAGAGCGCACUACAUCAAAUCAACGAUAAACUCAAGGACGUUGAAUUGAUGAACGAAAAUCUUAGAAGACACUUAAUCAUCAGCGAAAAAAUCAUCAAACACAGAGAUGAGAAGAUAAAAAAGUUGUGCUCUGUGGUCAAUGAUCAGCAGAUGCAAGUGAACCAAGAGAGUGCUCAUUUUGAGUCUAAACUUCGGGUUUUGAAGAGCAAGCUUGAUGCUCAAAGAUUCCGAGAAACUUCAAGGCGAGCGGGUAAUCUAGCAUAUGACUCACUUCCAAGCACCACAGAAACCUCCACAGAAGACGACAUAAUUGUGCAAUACGCUGAUUGGAAGCCAAUCACGCCUGUGAAGGAUUUACUGCGGGAACCGGUCACAACAUCAAAUCUUUCUCCAGCAUCACCUAAAGUCGGGCUCAAUUUAAGAAUAGUUAAACCUUUGAGAGGUGGUAGACCGGCGCGAUUUGAAGACACCGAAAAUCAAGGAUUAGAGGAUGAAUAAACUUGUUGCAUGAAGUUGUUCGAUCGAUGAUGUCAAAUAUAUCAUACCCAAGACGCCAUCUUUCGUAUCUUCUCUUUUGCUAUCGAAUUUUAGCAGAUCCCUUGCACUCACGACACUAUUUCAUCGAAUAUUAUGUCUCCUCUUAGCUGAUAACUACAAUUUUUUGUAUGAUAAGCACUUUUCAUGUAUAGCUUCCAUAUAUAUUUGUAGGACUUGGUAAUUACAAGCAUUCUUUCGC